AGACUGCACUGUGGACCGGGACUGUUUUGGCCUGGCUUUGCUGGAGCAGCUGGGCGGCCUCGAGGUCCGAGACCUGGACCAGUUCUUGCUUGGUGAGCUGCUCUAACAGAGCCUGCUGCUGCUCGGUCGUCAGUCCAGAGCCGUCCACCAGACUGCCGUCCGGCUGCACGUAUAUGAUGGUGGUGUUGACCAGGUCCGAGCCCAGGGCGAGCUCUGUGCCCACAAUGACGCUCUGUUCGUCCGGGCAUCUCUGUAAGACAUGUCCCAGCUGAGCUCCGGACCCUGACGGUGAAGCUGACACACGCUCCAGGGGCUGGGUGGGCUGGGUGCCCUGUGUGCCCGCGGACUGUGAGCAGAAGACGGCGUGAGGCGGACUUUUUUUUCUUAUCGAACCACUGUCAUCCUCGUUGUCCGCCAUUUUGGCUGUGAGGCUAUCUAUUAGCUUACUUUAAGAUUUAGGACGAGUCUGUGGCUGGAAUCGACCGAAUAUGUGGUCGAUUGGACCGAAUAAAAAGUGCGUGAGGAAGCGUGUGUAUGCGGGAAGAGACGACGCUCCACGGCCACGGUGACGUCAGUAUAACGGCAGCAGAUCACCGUUAGCGGGGGCAGUUUUGAACUAGCCUAGCUUAGCCCGCAACCGGAGCGGAGGUCCACACAGCCCGGCCUGGAUCUCGGACUGGAGUCACCAUGUUUUCAUCUGAAUCAUUUCAUAAAAAUGUGUUUCAUUGCUGAACCAUGCGUUUUAAAAAUAAAUAAUAAUAAACAUUAUUAACUGCAUAAAAUGAAAGUUAACAAAUACAUUAAAUUGAUUAAAUAGUGUGUUUAAUUAAAUCCCCUAUUUAAAGUGUUGUCACUAGUACUUUGUUCUGAGAUCAACAUUAUCAUUGUUAGGCAAAUGUCACUCAAUUCAUAAAUAUUAAAUUGCGCGGUUCCUAUUAAUAUUUUAACAUCUUUGAAACACGGUCAUCCAAAAAAAUCCAGAUUCCAGGUUUUGUAACCAACAACAACAGUUUCCGGUUCCGGUUAAUCAUUCAUAAACGUAUUUUGUAUUUCUUGGUGUAACCGCGUCAGUUCACUGAGAGCGCGCACAAAUAAAAGAAAGACAAACGUGUCUGUGACGUUGCAAUCGUGUGUCUCACCGUCAGGUGGCGCACUUUGUUGAGGACAGCGCAGCCUCAGUAUGAAACAUUGAAGAAACAUCUGCACAAACAUCUGGAGCUUCACUCUUUCACUUUCAGACAUGGAGACGCAGCCGAGCUCAGCGUCCGUCCUCAGAGAGUUCUGUCCACUCUACUACCUGCUGAACGCCAUCCCAGCAAAGGUCCAGCGGGGGUUCAGGUCUGUGGUGGUCUACCUGACGGCUCUGGACAGCAGCAGUGACUUUGUGGCAGUGGGCAGCAGCAUCGGGAUGCUUUACCUCUACUGCCGCCGCCUGGCACACAUGAACAAGUACAGUGUGGAGGGGAAGUGUGAUGCGAUCACGGCAGUGAGGCUUCUUAGCUGCUUUGAUGACCUGGUUGCCGUGGGAACAGCUUCAGGUCGGGUUGCGGUCUUUCAGCUGGUUUCUCCACUUCCUGGGCGCAACAAACAGUUGAGGCGUUUCGAUGUCGUUGGUGUGCACAAAGGUCUGGUGACGUCGUUGGCGUGGAGCAGCAACGGGAUGAAGCUUUUCUCUGGAGAUGACAAAGGACGAGUCGUCUUCUCGUCCCUGGACCUGGACCAGGGUGUGUGUAACCCUGUGGUUUUACUGGACGAGUCCACAGCUGUGGUUCAGUUGGACUAUAGUCACCAGGUUCUGCUCGUGUCAACACAGCACAGGUCUUUGUUUUACUGCAUGCAGACGCACACGGUGGAUCAGCUGGGAACCAGAGCACGCAAGAGUAGCGGCAGGUUCGGUGCUAGCUUCCUGCCGGCACUGUGUAAACAAAGUGACGUUCAGGUGUUUGCUGCUCGACCUGGACUUAGACUGUGGAGGUGUGACAUCAGAGGACAGGUGGAGGAGACACGCCUCCUGAGGGCGCUGUUCAACACACAGGUCCCUCACUUUGAGCUGUUUCCUCGCUGCGGACCAAUGGGAGCGUACCGUCCGUCAGACCGACAGCUGGGUCUGCUCAGCUGUUUCCAUAGAGACGGAUGGAUCUUGAGCUGGAACGAGUACAGCGUGUAUGUGCUGGACUGUGUGAACGAGGUGAUUGUUGGAGCAUUGGAGAGCAGUGGAGACAUUGUGUCAGUGUCCUGUUGUGACAAUGAGAUCUUCAUCCUCAAAGGAGACAGAGACAUCAUCCGACUGUCCAACAGUCCUGAAGGACUCUCUUCCAACUUGUCAGAGCUGUCCAACCGUCUGUCCUCACCAUUGGCCACACUCACUCUCCUUCCACCAACUGGAUCAGUGGAAACAGCUCAGCCAAUCAGAACCAUGGCCAUCAUUGUAGAGGGCGGGGGGAGGCAGGAGGGAGGACCUACAUUGAGGGAGGGGCUUGGAAAGAAGGAGCAUGGAGAGCAAGUAGAGAGGGAGGAGGUGAUGCAGCCACAUUUGCUAACCAGCAGCUCCCAUAGUCACAGUAGCUCCACCCCUUCCUGGGAUGGUCUCCACGGAAACAGCCCUGAGACCACAUCCUGUCACCUUAGCUCCAAAUGCUACAGUGCUCCCCUUGGCCAGGAGGAGAUGCAGCAGGAGCUGGUGGUGAAAGCCAUAAAAGUGAAGAAGAAGAAGACGAAAAAACGGCAAGACAGCAGCUGUUCAGACACGUUGGUGGUCCAGGACAGCAGCUGCAGUGACGCAGGAAGUGGAAGUCCUCUGAGUGACCGAGUGGCCCUCAUGUGGCUGGACCUUCAGAAGCAGGACUCCCAGGAAGCAGGACAAGGCAUAGAAGACGGACCGGAGCUGGACUUGUGCUCCAGCAACCCUCCACCAUCCCUGAGGACAGGAAACCCUGAGGGUGUUCCUCAGACACCAGACGUGGACCUGCUACUGGACUGCACCUUCUCCUACAUGCACACGACUGAGGACAAUGAUGGACAGAGACAGCAGCCAAUGGAGGAGCAGGAGGAGGAAUAUCUGAGCCCUCUGUUUGGACAGGAGGAGGUGGAUAACUCGGUGCCACCUGCUGGCCUGGCUGACCAGAUGUUUUACUCUACUGUGUCCACUCUGGACAGAGGACCCAGUGUGUCCAGUGAUGAAGACGGAGACAUCUACUGUCACACUCUGCCCCCAGGUGGCAGCAAAGGAGAUGUCCUCACAUGUCUAUCCAGUCAUACAGAGACCAGAGAAAUACAGACAGAUGUGGACACUCCAGACCGAGAGAGACACAAGUCGGAACAGUUGGCAGAAAGCUGGAUGGGAUACUCUGGUCCAGGGUGUGGGGUCCUGAGCCUGCAGGUGACGGACAGGUACGUGUGGUGUCUGGACUUUAAAGGAGGACUGUUCUGCAGUACUCUGCCAGAAAGUGGACUCAACUGGCAGCGUUUUGAAGACAAUGUCCACCAGGUGGCGGUAUCACCAUCCGGUAACUUGUUAUGGAAGGUGGAGCAGAAGACCAUGACGGCGUCUGCUUGUGCUAAAGUGUCAGUCAAAGGAAAACGUCACUGGUACAAAGCUGUGGAGCAAACGGCUUUCAUCGCUCUGAGUGACCACUCCGCCUGGAUCAUCAGGACCAACGGGGACCUCUACCUGCAGACAGGUCUCAGCGUAGACCGCCCCUGUGCUCGCUCAGUGAAGGUGGACUCACCUUGUGUGUUCAGUCAGGUGUGUGUGCGAGGGGGUGUGGUCUGGGCUCUGAGCGAACACAAGGCCUUGUUCUACAGAGAAGGACUGAGCAGCUACUGCAGUGAGGGCGAGGCCUGGAGAUCCGACACCAUCAGUGAGGCUCAGGGUCUGGACAUCAUGUGCAUUGCCCUGGGAGAUGGAGGGACGGCGUGGGCUCUGGACUCCAGUGGUGGUCUGUGGUUCAGGAUGGGGAUCAGUUGUUGUAGACCACAGGGAGAUGACGAGCACUGGUGGCAGGUCAGUAUUUCAGACUACGUGGUCUUUGAUCAGGGAAGUUUGUUCCAGACGCUGCUGCAGGCCACGCAGAGUGUUGCCACGGUAACCAGGGCGCCGGUGGAGCGGGUGGUGGCCUUUCUCUCUCAGUACUCUCAGUGUCAGCCAAGUCUGAUCAGCGCCAACACCAGCGGGAUCUGGGUCGCAUCAGGCCGGAAUCAACUGCACGUGGCCCGUGGCAGCCUUGUGGGAACGUUCUGGCAGAAUGUGGUUCCCAGAGGAACCGUCUCAGCUACUAGAUGGAGCUUCAUCACGUCCUCACCUGUUCCUCACACAGAAGGUACAUUCCUGUGGUUGGCUCAGAGCAGGAAGGACCUGUUCUGUGUUUGGGAUCAGGACGGAGAGCUCCGCCCCACAUCCAUCCCCCUGCUGCCAGAUGUCGAGUUCACUCACCUGUCCGCCUGUCGUGAUGCUCUUUGGGGUCUGGACACUUAUGGACGAGUUAGUAUCCGCCCACUGUCUCCGUCCUGUCCUACAGGACUCAACUGGACACACCUGGACCUGAGUCAGCUGGGUUCUGUCCGUCUGGUCACUCUGAGCUGUGGCAGUCAGAACAUCUGGGCCAUCGACAGCCGAGGGGUUGUUUACUUCAGGGUUGGAACACAACCACUGAACCCGAGCAUGAUGCUGCCAGCCUGGAUCCACAUAGAACCACCAGAACAGCCGGUGGGAGUUCAGCUGGUCAGUAUCCAGACGAGUCCUAAUGACCAUCUGCUCUGGGCACUGGACAACCGAGGAUCCGUGUUCGUCAGAACCGGUCUGAGCCAUGAGAUGCCGGUAGGGACAGCGUGGGAGCUGGUGCCAGGGUUAGCAGUGAGACAGCUCGUCCUCAGUUCUCACACUGUUUGGGUUCGUUGUGUAAACGGAGAUUUAGCUCGGCGGUAUGGAGUUUCUGAACGAAACCCUGCAGGAGAUUACUGGAAGAAGAUUCCUGGGAACGUCAACUGGUUAACUGUAACUCCAGAGGACGAGUUAUGGGCGGUGACUUUGGCUGGGGGUUUGUCUCGUCGACUGACAAAAAUCCUCCCACAGAAUUUCUGUGAACCUGCUCCCUCAGGCCCCGCCCCCUCCGGCCCCACCCCCAGCAGGGAUGAUAUUGAUGAUGAAUGGGAGCUCAUCUGACCUUUGACAUCACUGAUGGCUGCGACACAGAAAAUUCUUUUGACUUAAUAUGAAGCACUUUAUUCUGAAGAGGUUGUAAAGCGGUCUCAGACUCAGACUGGACUAAAGCCUACUCUAACUGGUUCUAACUGGACUUUUAACUACUGGUUCUAACUACUUGAUGUAAAAAGUGGAACAUUCUGGACUGAGGGGGACUAAAGUGAACUGAGGGGGACUGGUAGUGGAUUUACAGCAGUUCAUUGGAUAGACCUCCUCCUCUCCCACAUCGUCACCAUGGGAACAGUGACUGUCUUUGCUUGUACUUGUGUGUGAUGUCAUUCAUUAAAUUAUUAAACAUUUUAAAACAUUA